AUGAGUACCAAGAAGAAACUCGUGAAGCUACUUGUGAUAUUUUACUCCCUCGUCAACGUGUUGAUGGGAUUCGCCCUCGUGUUACUGUCGGUCGCGAUCGUGAGCACUGGUUACACCUAUCUGGAACCCCGAGAGAAAACCACCUUGCUGUACCUCCUGUCGUUCGGAACCACAGUCUGCGGCCUGUUCACAACGAUCGCCGGAAUCCUCGGUUUCUUGGGCGCCGUAUGCCGGUCACCGUGUCUCCUUGCGCUCACUGCGACUAUUCUAUUGGUGCCUCUCGCGGCCAGCAUCUACAUUUCUAACAAGGAGACUUCGGCUGUACGCGCUUCGGUGCGUGAUAAACUCGAGGAAGUAUUGUUCGAAGCGUAUGGAAGACGAGAUCACCUGACCAUGGUCGUGGACUUCGUCCAAUCCACACUCAAGUGCUGCGGCGUCGAAGGUCCCGCCGACUGGGCGGACUCGAUCUACAAUACCGGUAACGUCAGUCGCACCGGAGAGCCUAUCCAGGAUAAGGAUUAUCUAAUCCCGGCGUCGUGCUGUCGCUUCAAAAAGCGCUGCACGUUUGCGCGGAACAUCACUCUCGCGAAAAACCACACUCCUCGGAAGGGGAUCUACAGCAGAGGCUGCGGCAUUCUCAUAGACGGCCACAUCAGAUCACUUUUAGAACAAGCAGAGGUUAUUCUUCUGAGCGACGCGGCGCUCGACAUUGUCGGCAUAAUUUUUAUCUGGAUUUUGUUUUUGAUUUUCCGGCACGACAUUGCCAAGGAAGAAGCCGACGGACCGCGAACGAACGUUUAG